UAUAAUUUCAAAAUAAUAUAUUUUCCGCGAAGCCAGAUAUAAGCUCGAUGUUAUGCAUUCUGCUCCUGAGCACAAGCGGAACAAGAAAUAGACUUUGAAUUCAACAAUCGCUCGCAGUAAUUGUACGAUGCAUGCAGCUGCUUGCAGACCUUAAAUCUAAGGAGCACAACAUUAGGGCACACCGCAAUGCAUACUUAUAGAGUUGCCUUCUUCACGGGAAAACAGUCCUGGGCUGGUACAAAUGCAAAUAUAUACCUUACGAUACAUGGCACUGACGGAGAAUCGGAGACUUUCACAUUCGAAAAUGAAGGCCGCAGGACUUUUGAAAGUGGAAUGAAGAACUCCUUCUCAGUUAAUACAAAACGUUCCUUGGGAAAUCUGACCAAAGUACGUGUUGGACAUGAUAAUACUGGCUUAAAUCCUGGUUGGUUCCUGGAAAGGGUAGAAGUACUGGAUGCUAAAACCGGAGAGGUAUCUGAGUUCGAUUGCUAUAAGUGGUUUGAUACGGGCACUGGUGAUCGUAGAAUAAGACGAGAUGUUMGAAGAUCAGGCGUGUCUAUGGAAACAGCUGCAGUGCAAAGGUUCCAAGAGCAAAAUAUCAUCGUUGAAGAACAAGAGAUUGAACUCAAAGCAAAUUUGGAGACCUUYGAGGAACCUCCACUAUUUGAAGACGAUGAGGUCGAAGAAAGUGUUGAGGAGCCACAAGAAAUCAAACUAGAGACGUUUGAGGAACCACCGCCCAUUGAAGACGAUGAAGCUGAAGAAAAGGUUGAGGAGACAGAAGACAUCAUUAUCUACAAGUACACCAUGACAUUCCAUACCGGCUCAAUGGCAUUCGCAGGGACAAACGCUAAUGUUUUUGUAACUUUGUAUGGGGAAGAUGAAACGAAAGAAGAGUUUAAAUUCGAAAACAAGGCUGGAAAUUCGUUAUUCGAAAAAGGAAUGAAAAAUUCUUUUCCGAUCGGGUCGAGAAUUCCUCUGCAAAAUUUAACAAAGCUUCUUGUUGGACACGACAACAGCGGCAUAUUUCCUGGUUGGUACAUAAUAGAGAUCGUAGUAGAAAACACCAAUUCAGGAGAAAAAGCACAAUUUCCUUGUAAUCAGUGGUUGGAGGAUAAAGCUUGGGUACUUGAAAAUGAGAUCACGUGUCUCUUGACAAGAGAUAAAGGUGAUCCUGGCCUUUCACCGAUAAAAAACGGUGAAGAUAGUGAAAAAAGUGAACCAGAUGGCAAACMUUUAGAUGAAAAGGAGUAUUUUUACACCGUUCAUAUUAUAUCUGAAGUUUCAUACGGGRCUUUAGGCGACGACCAAAUCAUUUACACACUCUACGGAAAGAAUGGCCAAUCAGAGAGACAGACAUUCGACCAAACUGAACGUUCGUUUGAGAAGAGAGCGAGAGGCACGAUGGAAAUCAAAUUAUCUAAGGAUCUCGGCCAAUUGGAGAAAAUCAGGAUUGGAUUAGACAGAAAUGAAGGAGCAUCUCCUUGGAUCUUGGUAAUGGUUGUCGACCAUCAGUUCAACGAGACUGUGGUUUUUAUCUGUGAUUGCUGUUUUAUUAACGAUAAACAAGCACACAUCCUYCACGAUCAUUUCUCUGUAUUCGUGGACGCAAAGAAUGACGUCAUGGCAUUAGACAAAGACGAGUGCAACGAUUGGYCAACAGCCAAACACACCAAGGAUGUCGACGUACGAAGUCGAAGCGCUAAUCUACCAAACACACCUCCUAUAAUCAAGGCCGUGUUGAGGCUCGAUGACGUCCCUUGCCCUUAUCAAACAGCGAUCAAGAAUUUUACAGAUUGGGACAAAAGGUUUAGGUGGGACAAAACACUUACUAAUGUUAACGUCUUGGAAAAGAUUGGAGAUUUUACUCUUGUUAAAUGCUCUCUGAAGAUGCCUCUGUUAGUGACCAGCCGAGAGGUUGUACUUGCUUGCCUCGAUUAUUCUGACGAUCGGUGUUACAUGCAGACUAUGUGCAACACACUUCAUCCAAGGGCUUUGAUUGAUAACAAAAAAAUAAGAGCGAAGACUUUCAAGUCAGGCAUCAUUAUUCAUGAYUUAGAGAAUGAGUCCAACUCUGCCAGCGUCACUGUAGUAUCCCAGGUCGAGCUGGGAGGYUGGAUCCCACCAGUCGUCAAAGCCGACUACCUCACAAAUGCUCCCAUAAAACAAUUGGAGUUCUUUAAAGAUUUUGUCACGCAACACAAAGACACCAUUAAAGACGGAAGUAUAAGAGAACGGAAGUUGGACACACAAAACGGAAGUGCACAAGACCGGAAGCCGAUUGUAUUGAACGGAAUCUAAAUGAGAAUUUUGAAGUCGAAGACAAGUCUGUCUUUAAAAUAAUGAAAGCGCAUUAGUUUUAAUUGCUUUGUASCAUUUUUGUUAAAAAAGCCUUUCUAUUAAUUAAAUCAAAUUAAAUUUUGUUUGAUUUUCUUAAUGGAAUGCCAGUUUCCGCCAGUGACGUCAUGCCUGUUUUGGCGAAGUGCAUCAUGGUAUUGGCCAGAGUAUCAAAAUGGCGGAUAUCUUACAAAAUGUUUCCAAGCAAAAUUUAAGGUUAUCUGUCGUCAAAAAACCUCUCUUAUAAGACUGCAGUCAAAUAAAAUCCUCUCAAAACACAAUAAUGUGUUCAUAUCAUUCAUUUUUUCUUCAUUACUUGUAUUUUAGAGAAAUUAUCAAUUCGACUUCUUGAGACCACAGCACAGCUUGUUCAACUAUUUCACUAAACUUGUUGAAACAAUACACAAAGAUGCACAUGUAAUUUAUAUUGUAACAAAAAUGUAAAAAAAUCCGUUGAAAGAGCAUUAAAUGAGAUUUUUACACACUAGCGUA